AUUUCGCAGAGCAGCGAUGCGAUUGGUCAGCGCGGCGGGGGCGCGGCUCCGCAGGGCGGCCGAGGAGGAGAGGGAGCCCCCACCUCCCCCGCCCCCAUCACACCACUCCAACCACCAGUUCGCCAGCAUGAAGAACAAGUUCUUCAAUGAGCUCACACACCUGCCAAAUCAUAAACUCAAGUUGCCCAUGUGGGCCAUAGGAGCCAUCGUGGUUGUGGUCCUUGCCCUUAUCGCCUGCAUGGGAUUCUGCAUCUAUAAGAAGUGCAUCAACAAAGGCAAGAAACCCAAGAAGGUCCGAGAGAGGAAGGGAGGACGAGGGCGCAGGAAGAAGGACAAGGAAGGAGAGGAAGGAGAUGAGAAGAAGGAGGGAGAAGAAGGGAAGGAAGAGGAGGAGAAGGAGUCCUUUGGCAAACUGGAGUACUCACUGGACUAUAACUUCACUGAUAACCAGCUGAUAGUUGGCAUCAUCCAGGCUCAGGACCUUCCAGCCAUGGACAUGGGCGGGACCUCAGAUCCCUACGUCAAAGUCUACUUCUUGCCGGACAAGAAGAAGAAGUUUGAGACCAAAGUCCAGCGCAAGAACCUCUGUCCUGUAUUCAAUGAGACCUUCACCUUCAAGAUCCCAUUUAACGACCUGGCUGGUCAGACUCUGGUGCUGCAGGUGUUUGAUUUUGAUCGUUUCGGUAAGCAUGAUGUCAUCGGUGAGAUUAAAAUCCCCAUGAACUCUAUAGACCUCGGGCAGCCAAUACAUGAAUGGAAGGAUCUGGUCGGAGGAGAGAAGGAGGAGCAAGAGAAGCUGGGUGAUAUCUGUAUUUCCCUUCGGUACGUCCCCACGGCCGGUAAGCUGACGGUUAACAUCAUGGAAGCCAAGAACCUGAAGAAGAUGGACGUCGGAGGACUGUCAGAUCCGUUUGUUAAGGUGGUGCUGCAGCACAAUGGGAAGCGGCUGAAGAAGAAGAAGACAUCAGUCAAACAGAACACUCUGAAUCCUUACUUCAAUGAGAGCUUCAGCUUCGAGAUCCCCUUCUCCCAGAUCCAGAAAGUCCAGGUGCUGAUCACUGUUUACGACUACGACAAGCUGGGCAGCAACGACGCCAUCGGCAAGGCCUGGAUCGGCUACGGCGCCUCAGGCGUUGGGCUACGCCACUGGUCAGACAUGCUGGCCAAUCCCAGGCGUCCAGUGGCCCAGUGGCACACGCUGCAGCCAGAGGAGGAGGUGGAUGCAGCACUGAAGGCCCCCAUCCGCUAAAAAACACCACACAUAAUGUCUUUGUACCACAUCAUCUGCAUAGGAGGGAUAUUCUUUCAUUUGUAACCAGACAAACAUGAAAUGACCUCUAACUUGAAUAUUAAUCUUCAGUGCGCUUCAGUUUCACACCAUCAUUGAUUUGGUAAGAUUUCAUUUUUAUUCAGCUGCACUAUGGUAUUAAACAAUAGAAACACACAUUCUCUCUGUAAGUCUGGAGCUGCUGUUGCAGAGCUGAAGCAUGCGUCUUCUUAUUUUUCCUUUUCCCUUAUGUUUCCCUGUUGUUUUGCCCGACAACUCUCUCAUUCCAGACUGUGUCAACUUGAUUUGUCCUGUAAACUGUGUUGUAUUUAGUUUAUUAUGUUUCUACUGAUUAUUGUUCUGUCUUGCUGUGGCUCCUUCCUGCACUCGCGUUUGAAGGAGUUUCGCUCGGAGCGUCUGGUUCCGCACAUCGGUGUGUGUGUGUGAGUGUGUGUGUGUUGUAUAUCGUGAAACAAUGGAAAUCUCUUUGUGGUUUCACUUUCGAUGCGUACUGUGUGAUUGUAAAUAAAUAGCUGAAUAAAUAAA